AAUGAUCUUCCUGGCUGCGCCGCCGGCAGCGUACGAGAGGCGGAAGUGCCGCGGGGCCGCCUUCCCUGUCCCGGCUGCGGCCCCUGCCGGUUAUAUAAUCUGUCGCGGGGGACCCCGCAGUCCCACCUCCGGCUUCCCGGCUCCCCCAGGAUGCGCUGAGCCUUGCGACACCGUCCGCUGCUGCCGGCUCCCGUCCGAGGUGUGAAUGACAGAGGUGGUGCCUUCCAGUGCCCUCAGCGAGGUCAGCCUGCGCCUCCUCUGCCACGAUGACAUAGACACUGUGAAGCACCUGUGUGGCGACUGGUUCCCCAUCGAAUACCCAGACUCAUGGUAUCGUGAUAUCACAUCCAACAAGAAGUUCUUCUCCCUUGCUGCAACCUACAGAGGUGCCAUUGUGGGAAUGAUAGUAGCUGAAAUAAAGAAUAGGACCAAAAUACAUAAAGAGGAUGGAGAUAUUCUAGCCUCCAGCUUCUCUGUGGAUACACAAGUUGCAUACAUCCUCAGUCUGGGAGUGGUGAAAGAGUUCAGGAAACACGGCAUAGGUUCCCUUUUACUAGAAAGUUUGAAGGAUCAUAUUUCAACCACUGCCCAGGACCACUGCAAAGCCAUCUACCUGCACGUCCUCACCACCAACAACACAGCAAUACAUUUCUAUGAAAACAGAGACUUCAGGCAGCACCACUAUCUGCCCUAUUACUACUCCAUUCGCGGGGUCCUCAAAGAUGGCUUCACCUAUGUCCUCUACAUCAAUGGCGGCCACCCUCCCUGGACCAUCUUAGACUACAUCCAGCACCUGGGCUCAGCACUAGCCAACCUGAGCCCAUGCUCCAUCCCUCACAGGAUCUACCGCCAGGCCCACAGCCUGCUCUGCAGCUUUUUGCCAUGGUCCAGCAUUUCCACCAAAGGUGGCAUUGAGUACAGCCGUACCAUGUAAUGCCAUUGGGGCAGCCUCCACCAGGCCUCUGUCCUCAGUACUUUGUGGAGCCCAUUUUCCUGUCUGUCUGACCUCUGCUGUCCUUUUCAAGGAGCUGGUAGCCACCUGCCGGCCCAUCAGCCUGCCCCAGCUGCAGGCCCGGUGCUAUGCUGGCUCAGGAGCAGAAUGUAUACUGGUCGUCAACAGGUAGGAACAGGUAGGACCUGGGGAGUCUGAUGCUUGCAGCAACCAGAAGUCUCUAGGCGGGGUACCUGUGAGCAGUUCACAGCAGGUCCAGCAUCUUUUUGAAGAGCAAGGGACCAAAGACCUCAACCCACUUGCCAGAAUUCUUUUUUACU